GUCUCCCAAAAAGAAAAAAAAAAAAAAAGAAAGAAAAGAAAGGAAAACCCCGCUCUCUCUAACUUUCCCUUCUCUCGGGCGAUCGAUUAACACUACUUGGCAAUUCGGAUCCUGAUAAGCCGAAAAACCAAACGUCUAGUCUCUCUCAAUAAAAAAAAAAAAUUGGAUUUUGAUUCAGGCCCAAAGCCGAGUUCUUUUUCUACAGGGCAUCUGAAGCAGGAAAUCAAUCAAUCCAAGGAUAAGGAUCCCGAAACAUGUCGGCACUCUUCAAUUUCCAUUCAUUCCUAACGGUAGUGCUAUUGGGAAUCUGCACCUGCACUUACUUGAAGAUGCAAUUUCCAGCAAUCCUUGAACAGAGAACUGGGUUCCGUGGUUUCUUCUGGAAGGCAGCCAGAAUAGGUGAGCGUUUAAGUCCUUGGGUGUCUAUAGGAUGCUUCACCAUGGGUGUGUCAAUAAUAUUUUUCUGAGCAACAAGCACCAUCCAAUUGUUCAGAAGCAGGCUCCAUUUUUUCCAUGUGGGCAAAUGUGUCUCUUGUUGAAAUUUGACAUGAUUAGAGGGUUUGUAUGAUGAAAAGAGUGUGAUAACACUGUUUCAAGAACUAUGUACACCCUUAUUUGAAAUGUAUGCUAGAAUUAUUUGGCAGAUUAUUCAUUGAUUAUUUGUCAGUUUGUCUUGUCUUGAAGCACGGCCAGUAGUGGACCUAAAGGUUAUGAUGGAUGGACAACUAUAAUUGCCAAUUUGAUUCCAUUCAUUUUAUAA